CGUUGAUUACACCCCACCAACACUCUGUUCAUCGUUUCUCUUGCUAUUACUCAUAGCCUUUCGCUCUGUGCUAUCACCAAGAGAUCUUUUUUCUUUCACUUUCGACCUUCAUUUCAACCGCUUUCAUGGAACGUCAUUGCUGAACCUUCCAUCACUACCUACGACCCCCAGAGCACAUCUUUACGCGUUUUCUUGCUAUGACAACAGCUCCCUUGAUCGCAUACCCCGUAAUGGAAGUCCCAGCUAUGGGUGAUUCUAUGGAGAUGGCCUCACCCUAUCAAGGACAGGCAGACGAUUUUGACAUCGACAUCGACCUCAUGGAGGACCAUGUCUCCAACAUGGACAGUGAUAUGAUGGGUGCAGAUGAAUUCACAAAUACUUCUCAGCCAAACGAACUCAACAAUGACGCGAUCUACGAUGCCGACAUGGCCGAUGAACCUUCCGAAGGGUCGAUGAUCGACGCUGACAACUAUGCCGAUGAAGACAACGAUAUUGAUGUGCAAUUUGAAGAAGAGUCAUUCGAAGAAGAAAUGAUUGAAACUGAUCAGGCCGAAGAUGUCAAUAUUGCCGCCCCCGUCAUUCAUCUUGAACCUGUGGGCAGCAAUGAAGAGGCUGUCAGCCCCGUUAAGGAGGAUGUCACAGUCACACCUGUGGAACCCCUCGAAGCAGCACCCCAAGGCUCAAGUGGCUCUGUGGAAAUUGCCCCAGUUCAAGACGAUGCUCAGGCUUCCGGAGUUGAGGGCCCAGACACUCAGGCCCAGCUGGGCACGGCUUCUGAUGACCUUGCUGAGGAACCAUCUGAAAACGUCGUCAGUCCCGAAACCGGCGGUCAUAAAGAAAAGGCAGAGCUUGGUGAAGAGGCUAAUGAGAUAUUACAAUCUUCUGUGUCCGAGACUGAGGGAACGCAAGUUCCCAACGAGGACCCGGAGACCAGUCAAAUCAAACAUCCAACCGAAGAUUCCCACGUUGAUGCCGCUGCGCAACCAGAGGCGCAGCCUGUGUCUAAAGGAAAUCACCAGGUUAAAGAUGAGGAUGAAUCUCUCCAACACGUCACAUACAUAGAUGAACCUCUUCAUCCAGUCAAAAUUCUCUACCAGGACAGCGAGAUCGCUCUGUUCCCUCCUCUUGAGGGAGACUUGGCGGAUACAUUCUUUAUUGAAGAUGAAGCAUUGGCUUAUGACAACAUUGGUCAAAUGUUCAAGGCUCUGCGUCAGGUGCUUCAAAGAACCAUGUCAGGCAAUGAGGUCUUGGUCAUUGAUAUUGACACCCUCGGUAUCCAAGUAACAGAGGACUCAUUUCAUACAUCCCAGAUAACAUUGCAUCAAAUCCUAGAUCUUUACCUUAGACUUUGUCGCAACGAUGGUAUUACCGAGCCCGACGCGCUUUACCUUACACUGAGUACCAAGCGUGCGUUCCCGGCCGAAAUUGCAGAUCUCAAUGACGCUGCAAUUGAGGGCAAGAAACUUUCCGAACUUCAUUCCGAACUUCAUUCAUGGGAUGAAUAUGAUGAAGCCGAGGCAGGUUCCUUGGAGGAUCUUGGCGCCCAUGAAGCUGAGGAGCAUGAAGACGAAGUUUACUACACUAAUGAGGCCCAAAAAGAGCUUUCAAUCACGGAAGUGCAAACGGCUCCAGGACCCAAAGAAGAGCAGGCGCUAGAUAGCGAACAGUCUCAGGUCCAGCCCGAAGUUGUCUCUGACGCUCAGCCAGAGAUUUUGGCACAGGAUGGGGAUAAAUCUACCUCUAGUGAGCGGAGUGCCGAGGCUGCAGCUGAGUCUGAAUCUCAUCCAGCCCAGCCCGAGAGCAAAGAUUCAGAUCACUUUGAUGUGUCUCGCCAUCUCGAAAGAGACCAAGAUCAAGAAUACGAUCGUGGCCACGGCGAUACGAACGAAGAGCACUAUGAUUCUGAGGGCCGGCAGAGUGACUCUACUGCCACGGUAGCUGCACUGCCUAGCGCAAGCGAGAUCCAAGAGUAUACCCAGCAUGUCCCUCUGGACGUUGCUGCGGCCCCCGGUACAGAUGAAAACGACGACGAGCACUAUUACGGAGAGGACCCUGAGAACGAUGAUCUGGGAGCCGAGGAAUAUUACGAGGAUGAAGACAUCGGCUCGGUCGACGAUUCAGAGGCUUUCCAAAAAGAUAUCACUGGCAGUGAAAAUGCUGAUGUUGAUGCUCAAGAACCAGCUGAUCAGGUGUCUGUCCUUGAUGAAGAGGACACAGAUGAGUUAGAUGCCCCGCCGACAGAUGAAGUUGUCUCGGAAAUUCUCCUCCGGGAUGAAACCAACCACCCUUCCCAUGACCAGCCGGCACCGCCGCUUGACAGCGGCUUGCAUGACCCCUCUGACAAGAAGGAGCAAACACCAGAGCCUGCAGAUGAUUUACUUGGAAUCACUGUAGACCUGAUGCAGACUCCCCCGAGAGAUACAGAGAAAGAUGCCCUUGAUGACUUCGAGGGCAUAGACUACGACGAGCCAGAGGAUGAGCUCGAUGCUCCUGUUGCAGCUGAUGAUGAGGGUGCCCAUGAUCACGAGUUUGACGAGAACCAUUUUGGCGACUAUGACACCCAUUUCGAAGAAUCGGAGGCUGUAGAGCUGGUCGGAACAGACCCUUCCUUGACAGGCCCCCAAACCAACCAGAACUCGUCUGCCAAACGGUCUCGCGAAGAUGAAGACGACUGGGACCUGGUGGAAACCACUGUUGACACCAAACGUCGCCGCUCUUCGUAAACCACGUUCCCACUCUUUUUUACUCCUGGGGCAUUUUCUACAAUCUCUCAUAUUCAUGUCCGGUGUCCAGCGAGUCUGACCCUUGAUGGCUUGUUUCACGCGACCCGUUACCCUCCGCCAUACUAAUAACCAUACUUGCCAGCAACGACCUCGACCGAUGGACGCAGUGCAGUGUCUCGUUUGACUACUAACAAGAAACAGGUAUGUUCGACCCCUUUCCUCAUCGGGCGCACGCCUUCAACUUCCUUGGGGCAUGCGCUUUCUAUUUUUCCAUCCCACGUCUGGAUCAAACCCCAGGUACCCUCGACACAUUCAAUUGCCCAUCAUCUAUUCUUGCGUUUUCUUCUUAUUUUAUCGUUUGACUCUUCCCCUGCUAUUGCGAUUCAAGAUACCACUGUCGGCCUUUGGCCAAAAUCUUUGUUCGGUGUUGAUGGGUGCCCGUUUGGGCUGCGUGUUUUCCAAUACAUUUCCCUUGGGAUCUGGCGUAUCGGCGCGAUGGGUUAGUCCACGUGUUUGUAGUAUUCUACCAAUGAAUCUUUAC